CUUGGACCCGUAUCAGCUCUCGAUUCAAGAGUAACACACACCGAGAUAGCGCUCGCCAUGUCAUCCAAAGCGGGUCCCUCUGCGCCCCGCGGCAAGAAACAACGAGACCCGCACACUCAACAGCGGAUCAAGUCGAACGCACUCAAGAGAAAGGGUCAGGACGAAGAGUUGGACAAGUUGCGGAGGGACAUUGCAGAGUUUAACCCAUCGACCCCGAUAACGACAUUCACCGAACUCCCCCUCUCCUCUCGUACGCUCCGUGGCCUGCGGUCAUCUCAUUUUACCACCCCAACCCCCAUCCAAGCCACUUCCAUCCCCAUCUCGCUGCAAGGCCAAGAUGUCCUCGGCUCCGCCCGUACCGGUUCGGGCAAGACGCUCGCCUUUCUCAUCCCAUUGCUAGAACGUCUCUACCUGGAAAGAUGGGGACCGAUGGACGGUCUAGGAGCGGUGGUCUUGAGUCCAACUCGAGAACUGGCUAUCCAGACGUUCAACGCCUUGCGUUCGAUCGGCGGACAUCAUACGUUCUCCGCCGGGUUGGUCAUCGGCGGCAAGAGCUUGAAGGACGAACAAGAUCGGCUUCAACGUAUGAACAUCCUCAUAGCUACCCCUGGGAGAUUGUUGCAACAUUUCGAUAGCACCGUCGGGCUGGAUACUUCCGGGGUGAAAGUGCUGGUGUUGGACGAAGCGGACAGGCUGUUGGAUCUGGGUUUCUUGCCGACGUUGCGUGCUAUCAUCCAGCAUAUCACACCGGGAGGAGGCGGUCCCAGCACGAAAUCAGCAACACAGGUCGACCAGGCCACAUCAACAACAACAACGACAACGACACCAAGCGGCCGACAGACGCUCUUAUUCUCCGCCACCCAAUCUCCGAACCUUGUCCAACUCGCCAAACUCUCCCUGAAUUCGCCCGUCACGAUCGACGUCGACCAACACCUGCAGGACGGUAGCUCUAAUGUCGACUCGAACGCCACCCCGGGACAAAGCUCGACCUCGACGUUGAUGCCGGCGGGUUUGGAGCAAUUUUAUGCGGUCGUCGACCUGGAUCGCAAGUUGGACGCGUUGUGGGGGUUCGUCAAGAGUCAUCUCAAGAUGAAGGGGGUGGUUUUCGUCAGUAGUUGCAAGCAGGUCCGGUUCAUCUUCGAGACCUUCCGACGACUCCACCCGGGUCUCCCCCUGAUGCACCUGCACGGCAAACAGAAACAACCCACCCGACUCGACAUCUUCCAACGCUUUUCGCAAUCCACCGUCGCCCUGCUCGUCUGCACCGACAUCGCCUCCCGAGGUCUCGAUUUCCCCCUUGUCGACUGGGUCAUCCAGCUAGACUGCCCCGAAGACGUGGACAUGUACAUCCACCGGGUCGGUCGGACGGCGCGGUACCAGUCCGGAGGGAAGGGGCUGACGAUCCUCUGUCCGAGCGAGGAAGAAGGGAUGAAGAGGCGGUGGGAGGAAAAGGGGCUCGAGGUCAAGCGGAUCCGGAUCAAGGAGAGCAAGAUGGGGCAGUUGCAGCAGCAGAUGCAGAAUUUCGCGUUUAGGGAUCCCGAGAUCAAGUAUAUGGGUCAGAGGGCUUUUGUAUCGUACAUGAAAUCCGUCCACCUGCAAAAGGACAAGUCGAUAUUCGACCUCACGCAACUCCCCGUCGAGGCGUUUGCGGCGUCGUUGGGUCUGCCGGGGGCACCGCAGAUCAAAUUCAUCGGUCAAGCGCAUCAGAAGAAGAACGCCGCGAGGGGCAAGUUGCAGCAGGAGGAGCAGAAGGAGAAGGCUCAGGGCGUCAAGGUGAAUGUGGCCGGGGAAAAGGAGACGGAGACGGCGAGCGCAAAAGUGGGCGCGCAGGUCGAGUUGGCGGACAGUGAGAGCGAUGAGAGCGAGGUCGGGAGCGGUGAUGAGGACGAGGAGGUCGAUAGCGAGGACGAGCUUGAAGGUGGAAAGGUCGAUGGCGAUAGCGAGAGCGAUGCCGAUGACGAUGAUGCGGAUGCCAAGGAUGACGUUCUGACGAGCAAGAAGGACAAACAAGCGGUCCGGACGAAAUACGACCGAAUGUUCGAGCGUAAAAAUCAAGGCGUCCUCGCCCCUCACUUUUCCGCUCUGGUCACGCACGACGGUGUGAUACAGGACGGGGACGAGGACGACGGGUUCUUGACGUUGAAAGAGAGGGACCACACGCUCGAGGCCGUCGGUCUGGGCGGCGAGGGCGAGGUCGAAGGAGAAACCGGCGACGCAACGCCAAAGCUCACCUCGGAAGAGAUGCUCUCGAAACGCAAGCUCAAACAAGGAGAAUCCCGUAAAGCCAUGCUCAAACUCAAAUCCUCCGGCCACAAGGUCAUCUUUGACGACGCCGGCGGUGCUCACGAGAUGUACGAGAUGCAAAACUUGGACGACUUUGCCAAACAAGGCGAUGCCGAGGCGCAGCGUCAGGAAUACCUGGCUGUGAACAGGGAAGCGAUGAAGGAGGCCGACGUCGUGGAUAGGCAGGUCGCCAGGGAGAAGAGGCAGGAGAAGAAGAGGAAGAGGAAGGAUAGGGAGAGGGAGGAGCGACUGGCUGAACUACAAGGGAGCGACGAGGACGACGAUGAAGAGGGCGGGGGUGGAGGAUUCAGAGUCACCCUAGGCCGACCGUCCGACGGAUCAGGUUCAGAUUCAGGCUCCGAUACGGACUCUGGCGAUGACGACAAUGAUAGGAACCAGUCGAAUUCGACGCGCCCGACAAAGAGGGCCAGGUUCGAUGGUGGUAGCAAGGAGGGCAAGAGCGGGGACGUCGAAGACGAAGAGGCUCUGGCGCUGCGGUUGUUACAAGGGUAGGCUUGAUCGUCCCAACGCGCUCCUCUUUCUUUUAUCCGAUACGCAAUAAUCUGAGCACCCCCAAGGCGGGCUUUUGUAAUGCAAUGUAAUGGAGUAUUAUCAGACGGCAUUGCUAUGUUUC